GUAGUUGUACUCUGUCUGUGUCAGACUCAAAAGGCAUGAGAUUAGGCAUUAAUGUCAAAUCGAGCAAUCCAAAUGCUAAGUUUUAACAUAUAACCUAUAUUAGUUAUACUAAAACAUCCAGACAAUAGUUGGGCUAUUGCUUGUGUGUUGUGGUCAUCCCUAGUGUUUUUUUUUAAAUAAUAUGUUUCUGUGAUUUUUUCUUUUUUAAUAUAUGGUAGAAGUGAGUGGCGUCAAAUUACACCAGAAAUUGUAAAUAUUUAAUACCAAACAAUAUUAUCGAAAUGAAUUCUAAGAAAUUAAAAAAAAAGAAAGAGGAUCAAUUUUUUUCUAAUGUAAUGCAUGAUAAUCCCGAAGUACUUGUCUUACCACCUAAUAUAUUAGAAAAAUUAGGUAUAAAUUUGGGAAAUAUUCAACCUGGCAUAGGCAAUUCAAUAAUUUCUUCAUGUACAGAAAUUGUGGAUAAUGCAAAAGAUCUAGCCCAUACUCUUUUUACUGAAAAACCUGGAUUGGCAACUGAAAAUACUUGUAUAAAUACUUUUAAUAAAGAAACUUCUAUUCUAAAAACGGCCAAUCUAAUGAAAGAGUCUGUACUUUUAAGUCCUACCUUUUCUGCAUUAAAAACUUACGAUGUAAUAAAUGAAGAAGAUAUUAAUUUUCUAACUAAUCCGGAUGUAUCUAUUGAAGACAAUCAAAUUUCAUCAAAAGUAUCUAAACUUCAUGAAAAUAAUCAUAACGGACUAAGGACAGGAGAUCGGGAGAUUAUAAGUCUUUACAAUAACAGUUUAGAUUUUGAUAAAACGAAGACCGAAAACAAAAGUAUUGAUGUACCUGAUAUUCAGAGGGCUAACAAUGAUGGUAACAUUACUAGUGUAGUUAAUGAAAUUGACAUUUCCAAGCCUAAUAUUGAUUUACCAAAUAAAACUAUAAUGUCAGAAAACUCUGAACACUUAGAUAAAUCAUUAAAAGAUAUAAAACCAAAGAUUUCUUUAGAACCUAAAAAUAAAAUUAACAUACUAUCGCAUGAAAUUUUGGAUGCAAAUAAAAUAAAAGAGUUAACAAAAAUUCAUACAUCAGACUCCAGUGCCCUAAUACCUGUUAAAAUGGAUACAAAUUUAUCUAAGAAUAAUAUAAGUAUAACCGAAAAACCUGUGACGAAAUAUUUGGAUUCUCAAAAUUCUUUGAAUGAAGUACAACCAAUGACAGAUAUUUCCAACGGACCAUACAAUAAUGAUAUUAUUAAGAAUGUGGGUAUAAAAUGUACACCACAACCUGAUGAUAUAUAUAGUAAAGAAUCAAAAGAUGACAACAAUUAUAAAUCCUCUAAUAAAAUGAAAAAUGAUGAAUUAUUGAACAAAAAUUACAUUACCGGUGAUAAUUUAGUACAUGUAUCGAAUCCCAAAGAAGAAAAUAAGGCAAAAGAUACUGAUCAAUCAAAUUAUUUAAUUUGUGUUAAUCGGAAGGAUCAAAAUUGUUUAAGAGACGUAGCUUUAUCCAAUUUUAACUAUGUCAGGGAUAAAAGUAAGGAAAAUGUAGAAAAUCAUACAAACAAUAACUUUCAACAUCAACAAUUUAAUUAUGAUUCUGACGAACCUAAAAACAACAAGUUAUUUACACCGACAAAAUCAUUUUUGGAUAAUAAGGAAUCUGACAAUUGUGUGAAUACCAGUGAAGGUGAUAGUUGUAAAGAUAAAAAAAUUAAUUCUGAUGAAAAUAUUGUAACAUCAAAAUUAUGUAUUCAAGGUGUUGAAAAACCCGGUGGACAAUUAGUUAUUCCCACAACAAACAUGAAUGGCCAAUCCAUUAAAACAUAUUCUAAAAUCAAGAAAACCGUUAAAAAAAUCCUCCAUAAUAAUGAAACUAAUUUAGGAGACUGUUUAGAAAAUAAUGCUGAUAUUGAUUAUAAAGCAAAUGAAGCCGAUUCUGAUUCCCAAGUUAUUAAUAACUUUUGUAUUUGUAAAGAUUUCGGUGCUUAUAGUUAUUAUGAAUCCGUUAAUAGUUAUGAACAUAUUCAUUUUUUAAUUCCGACUAAUAUACACUGCUCGCUAGAAAUCCUGUUCAGUAUUUAUGAAGAUGAAUAUAAUGAUGUAAUAAAAAGUAAAAAUGAACAAAAUAGUUUUGUCUAUAACGAGGAACCGUUGGAAGAGAAUAGCUUAUUAGAUGAAUCUAUUAAUAAUAAUAACAUAUGUUGGUAUAUCAUUGAAAAUGUUUAUAAAAAUAGUAAAUUUAAUGAUAAUCUUACGACAACUUACGUUUGUAAUCAACACAAUAUAACUCCACAUGAUGAAUCUUCUAUAAAUAUAGGCUUAGGAAAUAGUUUACAAACUAAAACAAACGAUUGUAAUGAAUAUGUUAAUGGCACAAAUAAUAAUCAAUAUGAAAAUAUUAGGAAAAAAGGUAGAUCAAGCUAUGGGUCUAGGGAUUAUUUAAAAAUAAAAACAGUCGAUAAACAUCAUUUAAAAACGAAAGAGGACUACAACUCCGGAAUAAACAUGAUUUGUCAACAAAAUUUGGAGUCAAACAAAAAUCUCUCAAGGAAAAGAAAAAGAUCUUCGGUAAGUGAAUCAGAUGAUGAUAAAAGUUCUGCUAAACUGGGAACCGAUACAAUUAGAUGUCAACCUUGUGGCAAAAAAGUAGCGAAAAUCGAUUGGGAAAAUCACAUUUCAAAAAGACAUUGUUUUGUCGCAUGGGCAGAAGGUCAAACCAUUAAUUUCGAAGAUAAAAAGUUGCUUUUAAAAUUAAAUCGAAGAUUAUGCGACACUGGAAAGUUAGUGUGUACAUUUUGCGAUGCUGAACAAAAUGCAUUGAAUAAGUUUAUUACCCACGUUAAAAAAUGCAUCAAUAAAAGAUGCACUAAUAAUAAAAUUAAUAGACCAAUGAGAAGACAUAAUACGAACAAUGAAAUAGAACAAUCUUCUUCUCGAAGUGUUAAUCGGUUAAUAUGUGGAGUUUGUCAGAGCGAAGUCGAAGAGAAUUUAUGGUUUGAACAUAUUGGUAAAGAACACAACUAUUUAGCUUGGGAACAAGGAGCUCCGCCUUUGGAUUGCACGGAUGAAGAAAAAGUUUUAAAUAUUUUAAACAUUACUAGGAAAACGAUCGGAAGAUUAGAAUGCAGCAAUUGCGGUGUUUCUCGUAAAUUUGUAAAAUCGUACAUUAAUCAUUUGAAGAGUUGUGCGAAUAUUGAAUUACUAUCACCCGAGUCAACAGUAUUUAAGGAAAAUGAAAUCAAAUUUGAAAGUGCUAAGAGCAAAGUUAAAAAAAUUAACACGGCAGGACCUAUCAAGUGUGGAGUAUGUCAUAUAGAAGUUGAAGAUGACAAAUGGAUUGAUCACAUAUGCAAGGAACACUCUUACUUAGCUUGGAAGGAAGGGGAGACGGAAAUAAAUGUCAACGAUGCUAAACAAGUUUACGAUCACUUGUACGAUUUGACCAAAGGUAUCGAUGGAUUGAUAUGCCCUAAAUGUGGAAUUCGUCGUAAAUAUGUUAAGAGUUUUCUGACUCAUAUCGAGAAUUGCAGCGGUACCUCGAACACCACUCUCGAUGGUGACGACAGUCGUAUGACUGACUUGAACGAUACAACAUUAGACGAGACUCUUGAUCCUGAAAAAAUUGUGAAGUGUGGAGUUUGUCAAAAAGAAUUAGAACAAAAGUCUUGGAUUAACCACAUACAAAAGGAACAUGCUUAUAUGGCAUGGAAGGAAGGACAAACAGCUCUAAAUCUCGAUAAUCAACUGGAGAUUCUACAGCACUUGAACGAUAUAAAUAAAAAAUAUAACGGUUUAGUUUGUAAUAAAUGUGGUAUUAUCAGAAAAUAUGUAAAAGUGUUUUUAUCGCACAUAGAAACUUGCGAUUCCACAUUUGUUUCGAAUUCUUCUCUGAAAGAAGAAGGGAUUAAAGGAAGUGAUUCUUAUCAAUGCGCCGUUUGCGCUGAAGUAGUUGAUCCAAAAGAUUGGAAAUCUCACGCUAUGAGGAAACACUAUAACGUUGCAUGGGCUGUAGGAGAUUUUCCAAUAGACGUUAAAAAUCCUCAUGCAGUCGAAAAUUGUUUGAAGGAGUAUAGAAAACAAUUUAAAAAGCUGGAGUGUAUGCUUUGUGGUGUCGUGAGAGUGUCCAUUUUAGGGUUUUACGCACACAUCAUACAAUGUGGGAAGAGCGAGAAGGAAGUAGAAGAGUUCAAAAACUAUUGCGAGAUAUGCAACAGUAAAUACUUGUGUAUUUAUAAAUAUCAACAUCUACAAAUGCAUAAAGAACAGGAGUUCGCGAAAGAGAGAAAAAAGGAAUUAGAGUCGAAGAUAAAAUUGGAUAUAAAUGGUCAAAUUGAAAAUGAACCCAUCGCUGAUGGCAGGCAGGCUGCUAAAAGAGCUCGAAAUGUUAUUGGAAAAUAUCAAAAGUUCGAAUUUAAUUGUACCUCAUGUGGUUUCGGAGCUGAUGAGGAGAACGAGUUAGAAGAUCACGCGUGUGGUAAAAUGAAAUAUAAAGACUUCAGUGAUUCCGAACCAUCCGUACAUGUAGACUCGUCUUCCGGCGAGGAGUCGGAUAUUACUGAAGUAGAUUCAAACGUGUCUGCAUCAGAAAUGGAUUCAACAAAAGAAAAAUGGAGGAAGCACGGUGAAUCAAGAUCGUUUGCAACAAGAAUAAAGCGUAUUCCAUUUGAGAUAAAAAAUCCGAAAGCGUUUUUGAAUCAAAGUGCAGAAGAGUUUCGUAGAAUACACUACACCAGUGAUACACUGUAUCCUCAAUGGCGAUACUGUAAGUACAAGAGCGUACCUGAUGAUGAAAUAUGUAAAUACAUGCCGCCUUUAGAACAUUCCUGUAAACUUCUAAUGGGUCAAAAGGAUUGGAAGACCCUCAGUAAAUUUCAGGCUUACAAGGAAACCGGAGGCUACUCCGUGUUCGUGGGCGGCAGCAUCCAGUGCGUGUCGUGGGCGCCGGGCGAGGCGGGAGAGGGCGCGGAGGGGGGCGAGCGGCACUUCCUGGCGGUGAGCUGCCACAACGCGGCCGACUGUCCGCGUCUGGACAUCGCGCAGAUCCACAGCCAAGCGAGCAUGUUGCAGAUAUGGGACUUUGGUGAUUUGACCACUUCCAUUCCCAAAUUUGUGCUCGGAAUAGCACACGACUAUGGCACAAUUUGGUCAAUCGAUUGGUGUGCGUCUGGUGCGCGAGACAAUCUUCUAGAACAUUCUGAGACAUUCCAGAGGCUUGGUCUCUUAGCCGCAGCAUGCUCGAAUGGUUCGGCUUAUAUAUUCUCCGUACCUUACCCUUCUACAAUAACAGACAGUGAUAAAGUUAUAUACAAUUUAACCCCGGUGGCUGAGCUAAGGAUAAGCCGAGGCGAACGAAAUAAAUUCCAAGCUACUUCUAUCAGUUGGUCCCAACAAAUUGGUCACUCGGUUGUUUUGGUCGGUUACUCAGACGGAACGACGGCGUUGUUUGAUUUACAAGGCGACUCUCCUCUGUUAAAAGAAACGGUAGACGGAGUUGACAUAAUCUACCCAUAUCACGACGAACGGUCUCAUAAUACUUGUAUAACUGGUGUGAGCACGCUGGCGAGCGGCGUGCGCGGCGGCGCGUGCGUGGCCAGCAGCGCGUCGCCCACGGGCGCCGACAGCGCGCGGCGCGGCGCGGCCGCCGUGCGUCUGCGCGCGCACCAGCCCUGCUCCGCUGCGGAGCACACGCCGCACUGGCCCUCCGCGCUGCUCGCGGAGAAUGACGGAAUCGUGACGCAGGCGGUGAACGAGUUGGACUGGUGGGGCUGGGGCCAGCGGCUGGGCGCGGUGCACGGCAGCAGCGCGUGCGUGCAGUGCGGCGCGCUGGCCGCCUUCGCGGCGCCGCUGCUGCGCCUCAUGACGCCGCACCCCGCCUACUCGUCUCUUAACAAGGAGCCGGUAGCGUUUAUAAACAUGAGGCCUCUUGCUAAGAAACGAACAAAAAAGAAGACUGAUGAAUUAGCGAUCAAACUAGAACCACGUACCUACGAGGACGCUGUCAAGACGUACGGGAUAGAAUUUAAAUUUAUCAAAGAACUUGACAAGAACUACAUUCAACGGAUAAAUAAUAAGCCAAAGGAACUUUGCCACGAAAGGUUCCCGCUUAGCGAUAUACGGUCGAUGGCUUUCAACCCUUCGCCCAGACAUCACAGGAAAAUCGCCCUGGCUACUCACGCCGGCCUCAUAUUCGUGGUUACCGUAUGAUACUUAUUUUGGAAUUACAAUAUUUUAUUCCACUAGUGUUAUUGUUCAAAACAAAAUAUAUGGGUAAUUUAUAGAUUUAAUAGGAUAUAAAGUAUGUGACUUUUUAUAACGGCUUCUUCUCCUGUUGGAUUACGAUUGUUAUAGCAUUCGUUUAUUUCACAAAAUUUUAGGAUUUACUUUCAAACAAACUUUCGGUUCUAUUAUAUUUUUUAUUUGUGUAAAUCGUUCAAUUAGUACGCAUUAUAAAAUGUACUAAAUAUAUUUUAAACCGUUAUCGUAUAGCAUAUGCUAUAAUAUUUAUAUGUUUUUUUACAUAUAUAUGUAUAAUAUAAGUGGCGUAGCGUAAGUUUUAGCAGCUCGGGCAUGGACAAGUAUUGAAGACCCCUCCGUAGUUAAUACCUAAUUUAAGUUAAAAGUUAAAAUUGUACAGUAUUCUAAAAAAGCUCUUCGAAAAGAUUAAAAUUGUUAUCGUGUAUUGUACAGGUUAUU